AUGAAGGAAGAUAGCAAGGACAGCAAGGACUUGAUUGGGGGGAAAGAACUCGGACCUGCCUGCUUGUGCAAUGCGAGCUUGAAGCAGCCUAGACGAGGUCGGGCGGGCAUGUCGGCGGCAGUGGCUGUUGUGAAGGGCCUGCAGUCAGUGAACGUCGGACGUGUCAAGGUUGAGAGGUCGCUCGUGCUGCUCGAUGACCAUGUAGCAAGCGUGUUCCGGGGAGCACUGGGAGCUAUAGCCCUGAGCGAAGUCAGUCGGCUACACGGGGAAGGAUGGUUCAGAGAGCUGGACGCUGUGGAUGCCGCGGUCGACCUUCUGGAGCAGGAGGGGUUCAGAGUUUCAUUGUACUGCUGUGCUCCUCAAACCGUGGAGCCGGAGAGCAAGAGCAAGCUUCUCCCUGUGUUCAUCCAGACUGUUGACAUCCUACCUAUCCCACUCUUCCUCUUCAGAGGGGCGGACGACCUCCCGUUCUGCAGCAGCGCCAAGUCCCUUGAGUAUAGUCAGCUAGCCAUUCAGGUUUCGAGCUUUCUGGAGUUUUUCUGCCAGGCAGGAUACGACGUAUUUGCAAUGGGCGCUCGGCCAAACGCUCUGGCCUCUGCGAUGAAGGCCGUAUCCGGAAGAGUGAAGGAGAAGGCGAAGCAGGAGAUGUGGCAGGAGGAGGCUCUCUUCAAGCGAGCACAGCUCCUCAUCCUGGACAGGGAGUCGGAUCUCCUUGCAGCCUCAUCGCCUUUGCUUCAGAGAUCGGCGCUGUCCCACAUCUUGUGGCAUCGUCAUGGUGUGAGGGACACCAAGAGUGUUGACGACUUGUUGUCGAUGAAUGACGCGCAGUCGAAGCAGAUUCUGAGGUCUUUCUCUCAGACAGAAAUCCCCGAUUGCCUUGACUUCCUUGUCGGCAGGCUAGAGGAAAUCUUGCGAGAGCACCAUAUUGACGACGAUCUGUUGAAGACAACAGGGGAUGGGAGAAGCAGCGAUCGGCUCAAUGCCCUGUUGCAACUCAUACCGGCGAGCAGGGAGGAUAAAGCAUCCUUCCUCCUCAAGUACCAUUCCUUCCUUGAGAUGUGUCGAGUCGUCGCUCGCGUGUGCGAGGAGACAGGGGGGGCGGGGGAGGAAGGGAAGCUCUCUACCUUCGUCCAGAAGAGAAACGCAGCGAAACUCAUGGAGCUGGCGGCAUCGGAUGGGAUUGCGGAAGAGGUCGUGCAGCAGCUCAUCGACCUCUUUACCUCCUUCACGCGGCGGGAGAGCAGCGACGACGAUGAUGCUAAGGAUCGCCUCACCUUCCGUGACCUCGUUGAGCUCCUGCUUUUCUCCUUCGGGCUGCUCGGGCAGAGAAGUCUGUCCGAAGCCCUAGGAGAAGUCCACGAGUCGCCGCCCCUCCUCCUCCUCCAGUCGGCUAUCGCAGAAGCUCUCUGGCAGCAAGUUUCGCUUUCCCCGUCCUCGCAUACGAAGCAAGACUGCGAGGAGGAGGCAGGGAAGAUGAUCCAAACGCUCGUGUGGGUAGCAAGAAAGCACUGGAGGUGCUGUGUCGAGAUGGCCGAGAGCGCAGGAACAGAAGAAGUUCCUUCCUCCUACCUUCCCGUCCUGGAGACCCUGACGAGGAAAGUCGCCGAGGGCAAACACACACUCUCCUCCUUGUACGUCCACAGCAGCGGAGACGAAACCCAAGGGGGAGGGGGAGGAGGAGGGAAGGGCUCCUCCUCCUUGGGACGAGCUCUUCAGCUGGGCUCGUCCUUCCUGUCCAGCGUGAGCUCGUCGGGCAGCGGGAGGAACAUCGGGGAGGGAUGCGAAGCCGUGUUCAUCUUUGUCAUGGGAGGCGUCACUGCGGAUGAGGCUCUUGCAGUCCGGGAUGUGGGAGAGUUUGCAAACGGAGUGAAGCUGCACCUCCUCUCGACCGACCUCCUCUCCGCCGAAGGAGUCCUAGAGCAGUUCGCGUCCUCCUCUAGCAUCCUCAUGGACGUCUUGACGAGCUCGAGGAAGGCAGGGAAGGGACAGUAG